AUGUUUCUCCAGUAUUACUACAGUGGGCAGGGAGACCAGGUCUACACGCUGAAGAAGCCUGACUCUAUGGGACAACAGACCCACUGGGCCUAUACCGCUCAAUUCUCCCUGGACGACAAAAACUCUCAAGAUGAAAUCACCAUCAAGAAAUGCUUCAAGGUGCUCAUGACCCAGCAACCUCGGCCCGUCCUCUGA